AUGGCCGGCCGGAUCAGUUCGGCCUUUUAUUACUCCGUGCUUGUUUUUCAUUUAAUAUUGUUAACGAGUUCGAAUAAUGGACAGAGGUAUGGUGAUAAAGCGACUACACUUCACAUCACGGAGGACCAUGAAUCGUUUGGUUACAAACGGCCACUUGUCAUCAAUCGGAACGAAUAUUCGGAUGAUGCCAGCGAAACGUCAGCUAGUCGAAAUCGAAGGGAUGUCCCUCCAAUGCAUUCAAAUAAUAAAGCAAACAUCAUAACGAAGGUUAAUGCUAUGAAUGAUUCGCAUCAACAGUUGAUGGUACAUUGGGUGGGUGAAGGAUCUAAUGUAAUAAUAUGUCUUGCAAGGGAUAGUACACCUACAGUAAGAUUGCAAGGAAGCAAGGUUUCUGUACCCAGCAAUCCCAGUGCUGUAUAUAUAAGUUACGAUUAUGGUGAUACAUUUAAGAACAAGACAGAAGAGUUUAAGAUUUCUUCUAAACCAAAUGCAGCAUAUGCAACUUUGGAUAAGUUUACCAAUCAUCCAAAAUUUUACAAAUAUUGUGUCUUUGUAGACAGUACAAAUAGUUUAAUUUUUGUUACAUCUAAUAACGGCGAACGUAUUGAAAGAGUAAAACUACCAUUCCAACCAAGCGAAAUUUCAUUUUAUGAAAUGGAUCCCAGAAUUCUUCUUGCUCUGGAUAAAGUAGGUCCAGCACGAAAAUUAUGGUAUUCGAAUAACAUGGGAUUCACGUGGUUGCCGUUAUAUCGUUACGUGAAAGCGUUCUUUUGGUCUUCUACACAUAACAUAAUGAUCGAACAUAUGCUGCCUUCCGGAUCGAACACCGUUUUGGAAUUCCCUUUGUUAGAGGAAAAAUUGGAUAUGCCUUUGUUAGAGGAAAAAUUGGAUUUUAUGAAUCGAUUCGAAUCGCUUGCGUCGAACAUACUGUUCAACAGAUCGUUGACAGUCGUAAUCACUAACGUCGAAGAUUUUCAAAUUAGAGGCAAUUAUAGGUUCGCAACAUCGAAGGACGGAAAGAAUGGAUCAGAAAACUUGAAUCUUUUCGUGUCUUAUAAGACUAAUAAUUUUGUUAAGGCCGAGUUCAAUACAGAUUUACCUUGUAAAAAUUACCACAUCGUCGAUGUUUCUCAUAAUAGAGUCUUUGUUGCGGUUGCCCACAAUGAGACUCAAAUCAAUCUUUAUAUAUCAGAAGUGAUCGAUCAAAAGAAGGCAACUUUCGUUUUAUCACUUGACGGAAUUCUUACAUUUUUCCCAAAUAGCACUUGGAAAGACAGUUGGUUAAAUGAUGUAGCCGACGAGGCAUUUACAGACUUGUAUAAGGUUGAGGGUCUUCGUGGUAUUUACAUAGCGUCGCAAGUAAAAGGAACACCGAAAUCAGGCUCUAUCGCACCAGAGCAUUUAGUAUCGUUAAUAACAUUCGAUCACGGAGCAACAUGGAACCCCAUAACUCCACCUCCUGCGAAUCACGAAGGGUUCUAUAUCCAUUGUACAAAAGAUUGUUCGUUACAUCUGAGUCAACGUUUUAAUCAGUUAUAUCCUGUGACGAGGUCGGUGUCGAUCAUGAGCUCGAAAUCUGCUCCCGGCAUUAUAAUGGCAACCGGGGUUAUAGGGCCAAAUCUUAAAGGUCAUCCUGCCCUUUACGUGUCUAGAGACGCUGGUCUCACUUGGAAGCAAGUCCUCAAGGAUUAUUUCUUUUUCAAUAUGGGCGAUCAUGGUGGUCUGUUGGUAGCUGUAAAGUAUUUCAAGUCACGCGGCGAAACGAGCGAUCUUUUCUAUUCCGUCGACGAGGGUGAAACAUGGCAGUCGUAUAAGUUUAACGAAAAAAUGUUACGAGUGUACGGAUUGAUGACCGAACCGGGCGAAAACACGACGGUGUUUACGAUGUUUGGUUCAGACAGCGGGCAGCAUCAAUGGUUGAUAAUUAAAGUUGACUUGCGGAAUGUGUUCGAAAGAGAUUGCACCAAAGAUGACUUUAAGUUCUGGUCUCCGUCGAGCACGGAGCAACCGGUGAUGCCCUGUGUAUUGGGCCGAAUGGAGACUUACCAGAGAAGAGCAGCGCAAGCAAAAUGUUACACAGGCGUGGAUUACGAUCGUCCUAUAAAGACAAAAAUAUGUCAGUGCGAUUACAACGACUACGAGUGCGAUUUUGGGUUCGUGCGAGAUGGCUACCCGUAUCAUUGCAUCCGCGACAAAUCGAUAGUUCUUCAUGAUCCUUACGCUGUGCCAAGCACCUGUAAACCUGGAAAAUUUUAUAAUCGGACGAAGGGUUAUAUAAAGAUAACCGACGACGAGUGCAUCGGUGGCUUGGCCAGGAACUUCGAGCCGGACGAAAUUCCGUGUCCUAUAUCGGAGGUGUCUGAAAUUUUGUUGGUGGCUCAACGAGAACAUAUAUCGCGCAUCAGUUUGGUAGAAGAGAAACUGGAAAGGUUGCCAGUUCACGGUAUAAAGAACGUGAUAGCCAUAGAAUUUGAUAUGAAAAAUAACUGUCUGUAUUGGGCGGACAUUGUGAACGAUACAAUUGGUAGGCAGUGUUUCAAUUAUGGCACUAGUUAUCCUGAGAUAUUGGUGGAAACCGACUUGAGUUCUAUAGAAGGAAUGGCCCUCGACUGGGUGUCGAAUCUUCUCUAUUUCGUGGACGGUGUUAAGAUGAGAAUUCAAGUAAUUAGGACGGACAUAUCCACUAUGGGUAGAAUGCGAAGAACCAUUCUCGGGCCUAACAAUUUGAUAAAGCCCAGAGGUAUAGCAGUUCAUCCGAUGAACGGGUAUAUGUUCUGGACCGAUUGGGCUCCGUCCAAUGCUUCCGUUUCAAGGGCCAAUCUUGAUGGUACAGACGUGAAACGGUUAUUCGUUGAACCAACCGUCGAGUGGCCAAAUGGAAUAACGAUAGACUAUAUAUCGGAACGUAUUUAUUGGGUAGAUGCUAGACAGGAUUAUAUUGGGUCUAGCGAUUUCGAUGGCAAGAAGUUCAAGAAGGUGAUCUCGAAGAACGGCAGGGUAUCGCAUCCUUUCGCUGUUGCGGUCUUUAAGGACAACAUGUAUUGGGACGAUUGGAAACAGUCUAUGAUAUUCGUCGCGGAUAAAAAUUACGGUUUAGGUAUAACUACGAUUAUGGGCCAUUUGCCUGGUCUGAUGGAUCUGAAAGUAUUCGGCCACAGCACGCAGUUUGGCACCAACGCUUGCAGCAACAGUACCUGUUCGCACAUUUGCGUGGGCGCGCCUCGCGGUGGCCACGUGUGCCUUUGUCCGGACGGAAUGGAGAUGAGCGAGGAGAAAUGCAAGUGUCCGGGUGGCAUCGAACCGUUCGCAAAUUCCACCUGUCCACGAGUAGCCAGUACCUGCGCGGCAAAUCAGUUUGCUUGCCGUAAUGACGUAUGCAUCCCCGCUUUUUGGCGUUGCGACGGCGACAACGAUUGUGGCGACAACUCGGACGAGAUUUACUGCAACAGGACCAUGUGCAACUCGAACAGAUUCGAAUGCGACGACAAGUGCAUCUCCAAGUACUGGGUCUGCGACCUGGAUAAGGAUUGCAAGGACGGCAAGGAUGAGAUGAAUUGCACGUACUCGAAUUGCACCGAGUACCAAUUCAGGUGCGACAACGGCAGGUGUAUAUCGCACAGGUGGAUCUGCGAUGGAGAGGAUGACUGCCGGGACGGCUCCGACGAGAAGUCUUGUAAGGGAAAAAUGACUCCGAGCACUUGCAGAUCCGACGAGAUACUGUGUAAAUCAAACCAUGCGUGUAUACCGACUAGUUGGAAGUGCGACGGCGAUCCAGACUGCAUCGACGGUAUGGACGAGGCGGACUGUACCAAUAUGGUUUGCGAGAGUUGGCAAUUUACGUGUAAUUCGUCGCGGUUGGCCAAGAACCGAUGUAUUUACCAGUUUUUCGUAUGCGACGGGGACGAAGAUUGCGUCGAUGGUUCGGACGAAGCGAACUGUACCGUCACGGUUCCUCCGGCACCAUUGGCACCGAUGCUGCCCACCAGUCUCUGCAACGACUGGAUGUUCAUGUGCAACAAUAAGAAGUGCGUGCCUUAUUGGUGGAAAUGUGACAGCAUGGACGACUGCGGGGAUGAUUCCGACGAGAUCGGCUGCGGAAACGCCGAGGAAGUCGACGCCACUAUCGUCUCUAUCACCGAACAGCCCAAAGUCUGCCGGGAACAACAAUUUCAAUGCCUAAACGGUGAAUGUAUUCAGGACGCGUGGGUGUGCGACGGGUCGAAAGACUGCCCUUCCGGAGAAGACGAGGCGCGAUGCGACGGAGUCCAGGUCGCCUGUAAGAAAGGCCAGUUCAAGUGUCGCAUGGACGGCGGUUGUAUACGUAUAAGAGAUGUCUGCAAUGGUAUAGAAGAGUGUCUCGACGGCAGCGAUGAGUUAGGUUGUUCGGGCGAACAACAUUCCAGCCCGGCUGCCACGCCGUCCUGUCUCGUAGGACUGUUUCCCUGUGACGAGAUUCGUUGCUACUCAUUGUCGGCUUAUUGCGACGGUUAUCCGGAUUGCCUAGACGGCUUUGACGAGAGCAACUGCGAAAAGAACGGCUCCCGCGUUUAUCAGGUCCUCAUGAUGGGAGUCGAUGAACGAUCAGUAAAUGCUACCAGCUUUUUCAUGUUCUGGUGGAUGCCUGUACCUAUAAACGUCACUUUCGAAUUCUUACCAUCCAUUGCGUAUGCAGAACCUGGUGCUAAUUGGACCAACGCCACCGAAUGGAUCGAGGAAAUGGAGUAUCAGUUUAAUGACCUCAAGCCUUAUACUCGUUACAACGCAACGGUUCACGUUAGGCUAAAGGGGCAGUCUACCGUAUUCCCACCGGCGAAAUAUCAGAUUGUCACGACCGGGAAAGGUGUUCCUUCGGAACCACGGAAUGUUACCGUCAGACAGGGUAAUGGGACUCGUGUGGAGAUCAGCUGGCUGCCGCCCUUGAAUCCGAACGGACCCAUCAUCGGUUACGAAGGCUUCGUUGCACCACCUAUACCGCCCAUGCAAUUCUUUAGACCAGGACUCAAGACGUCAGCGAUUAUCUACAUGCUUUUCGAGGCGGGCAAGAAUUAUUCUUUCUGGGUGAUAGCCAAAAACGAGGAAUACGAGUCUGCUUCUUCGAACGUGGCAACCUUGACUUUCGACGGGUCUGCGAAUGUAGACGACAUCGAGGGUCUGAAGGUGGUCGCGACCACGAAUCACUCUGUUACCUUAGCUUGGAAGCCAAUGAAAUCCGUCGAUGGAUAUCACAUUACACCAAAGGCUCCUGCUCAUUAUCCCUCGUUGCGAACGAUCUCGACGCUGGAGAAUCAAAUAGAAAUUACUAAACUGGCUCCGGGAGUUAAAUACAUUUUUGAGAUCAGUGCUGUAAAGAAGAAGUAUGUCGGAAAGGCUGCUCCUAUAUACGCCACUACGGAAGGCGCACCUUUACCAUUGGUGACACAAUUCGUUGCUCAAUUAGUUAAACCGCACGGAACAACGGUGAAAUUGUCUUGGGAGCCGCCGAAGAGCACUCGGAAGAUCAGGUGGCAGUAUGCGGUUCAUUAUGCUAUCGAUAUAGUGGAAUUCUUCAAAGAUUAUAAGCUUCUCACCACGAACGUGUCAGCUACUAUCAAGGAUUUGGAGGCCUGUGAAUUCUACAUGUUCGCGGUUGGUGUUAACGGAGACUAUGGCGCGGGUGCAUUGACUCCACCUGUUCCAGUAUUUACACAUUUCAAUCAACGCGCUCCGCCGAAGAAAUUAAGGGUCAUGCCGUCGGAUAAACAUGAUACCAUAGUUGUUUCAUGGAGUUCAAGUUGUCCCACGAUCGACGAACCGAUCCAGUACACGAUUACCGUGAUAGAGAUGGUAUUGAACAAACAUUUUGCUGUCACUUUGCCACCAACGAACGAAACGAUAAUGAAGCACACGUUUAACUCGAUAAAGCAUGGCGGAAAAUAUCGAAUCGUCGUAUCAACGUAUGUUGAUAACGCUAUACCAAGUCAGCCAUACAUCUAUACAGCCCCGCCAAUCCCGCCACCUCAUCAAUUGACGGUUAUACACAAAGAUCAGGAUUAUGUUAUCUUUUGGCAAGAGCAUGAUCUACCGGAAAGCCUGAAAAACGAAAACUAUCAUUAUGAGAUUCUGGUGGUUGAAGAAUCGCGCACGAUGAAUGAAUCGAUUUCUACUAUGUACAAAAGCAAUCAGCCACCGUACAUUUUUAAGGGCGUUAAGCCAGGUGUAAUUUAUACAAUUGCUGUUCGUUUGGUCACCGAUGAAGGUUAUCGAAGUGUCUUGAGCGAGAUUUUGAGCACCAGGAACACUGCAGAAACAUCGAUGCCAGUAACGAUGAACACAUCGAACAUCUUGUCGUUUGCAAUACCGAUCUGUUUGCUUAUUUUGGCUCUUGGGUCUGCGUUGGCUUAUUUCGUCGUAAGACAUAGAAGAUUGUCUAAUACUUUCACGCAGUUUGCCAAUAGUCACUAUGAUACUAGACGCGGGCAAGCAACUUUCCCAGGAACUACAGAUGGUCUAGAAGAAGAAGAUAGCCCUGUUAUCCGAGGCUUUUCUGAUGAUGAACCGUUGGUAAUAGCAUAAACCCAGAUAUCAUACAGCGUCUGUAGUAAAUAUACACACUCUCUCCCCCUCCACGAAUACACACCCACACACAUUAACGAGCAUGCGUAACAAACUCAGCAGCUACACUACACGUAUAUAUACGUACAUGAAUAUAAAUAUGAUAUUUACAUGUUAGGAGAAAUGUGCCAAGACACUAUUAUUAAUAUGAUAACUUAGAGCACGCGUGCACGCGCGCGCAUAUAUACACACACAAUUACACAAAAAUACAGACAGACAAACAAAGAAACAUACAGGACAGAUAAGACUUGAUCACAAAAGUGGAAAGCUUUUAUGGAAGUGGCUCAAGACUGAUACACUUCAUUAAUUAUAGUACAUACAGAUUGAUCAGACGGGCUGCUUAGAGCACUUACAUGAAAGCUUUUGCAUAUCAUCACCUUAUGUUGUCUAGAGAUCUAAUUACACAUGUACAUGAUAUUGAUUAGUAUACGGAAAGUUAAGUUUACGUUAUAUCGGCGGGGCCGCAGAAAUGGAACCUCUUGUUUGAUAUAUCUGUAAAGGACAGACAGCGCAUGAGAGAGACAGAGAAAGGGAGAGGGAGAGGGGAUGGGAAAGAGAGAAAACGGGAAAGAGAGCGAGAGAGAGAGAGAGAGUAAUUUGUAUAUAUAGUAAAUAUUUUGUACCGAACCGCAGAACCCAUGAACGUUUUCGAGAUGCCAUGCAUAAAAUGACGUUCAUACGGAUUUCUACUGUAUGUAUAUGCAUAAUGAGGAAAUCAUAUAUACUAUGACGAAGUUCUUUCAUCGUCUAUGUUUUGGAAUAUUCGUACGGAAAGUGAAGUCCCGUUGGGUUUUCCUUUUUGAGAAAUUUUUCUUCUCCAAAGUCUGCAUUUAUACGAGCGGAUUCGCUCUGCGCCUUUUACUUUUUUUGUAAUAAAUCUUUUUUAUGUAAUACACAGACACUCGAAUAAGCUUAUUCAUACUUUAAGAAAAAGUCCACGAAGCUUGUGACAGCGGUGAGAGUUCCGUUAGUUUAAUCAUUUCAGUAUAAUGACGACGAUGAUUGGUGACUCUAUACUUAGGUCGUGGUUCACUAAGGAAGGAAGCAGAUGAUUGGAUCACCAAUUUCAUGAAUAAUUUUUCAUUAAAAACAAAUUGUAUCUUUUAAGCUUUGCUGAUCAAGGAACUAGUACGUUUUGCCUUGAACAUCGUUCAGGUGAAACUGUACGGUUCACAGUUUCAUUAGAAAGGGACAGCGUUUGGAUUUUAUUAUACAGUGUUUUUAAAUAUGUGGCAAGUACUGUAGGGAUGGAUUCAGAUCCUGAAACCAUAAUAAAUGUUCAUGUAAAUAUAUAUUCCAUACGACAUUGUUUUCAUGUUAGUCUUUUUUUAUGUUAAUUUUGCAAAAACUUUCUUAAGCACCGCAUUGGAUUUCUUUAUAAUUACUUCAGUUUUACCAGCUUUACGGAGGUUUUUAUACACGUACUGAAUUUUUGCAUAGCAUAAUUCAUAUUACUUUUGGGAUAUAGGAUUUCUGUGAAUUUGUUUGAUAGUUUCUAGCUUGUAUAUGAAUCUUUGUAGUACUUGCCUCGUAUUAAGGUACAACCUGUAGAUGUAAAUAAUAAAUAAACGAAGCGGUUGGACGUGUUUGUAACUUCGCUCUAUUAAUAUUGAAAACUCGCUUUGAAAAAUCCAAGAUUUAUGUCUUCAGCGAACUAGUUCGAUGCCCUCUUUUAUACACGGAAUCGAUUAAUUUCAUGGAAUAUUAGUUAGGUACAAAACUUGAAAUGUUCGUAAAGCGAUUUUUAACCGAAUUUUUAUUCCUUUCGAACGAAAGGUCGACGGUAAUUUUCUCUUGAGAGGAAAGCGUGUACGAGAAGUCAUUAGAAUUUCCUCUUUAUUUAGGAGAAAAAAUCGUCAUUGUAAUUUUAAGUCUAAUCGGAGAGAUCAUACACGAUUGUAAACUUGCAUACGUCGAACGAAGAUUCAACGAUUUAUCGCUCAACAGAUAGGAUAGACAGGUAAAUUUGUUUGGGAAUAGGAAGUAUCAAGCAGUAUUAUCAAGGUCUGUUCGUUGCUGCGUCGCAUCUAAACGACUAGGUUUAUAUCGGUUUCAACUUGAAAUGUGUUUAAUCUCAGAAACAAUGUUUUCGGUAUUUCUAAUGAGUAACUUGUAAAUUAUAAAUUCGAAUAUUUAAGUUACCACAGACGGCUUUGUUGUAAAUUUUUUGUCGAACGUUCCAACGACUUUCAAGCGAUAAAAGGUCUGAUAAAUUUUUAUUAUCGAAUUUUGCCGCGUAUCGAGCUUUAUUUUGCCUUGAUUGUGUUUGGUUUUACUUGUAUGCAACUUGUAGUUUUCAGUACUUUUAAUUUUGUCGAUUUUAAUGCGAUUAAAUGAUAACAAAUAUUCGACGAAUACUCUGAGAUAAAGCGUUGUUGGGAUUGCAAUUAACCCGUUUUACAUUGUUAACACGAUAUUGUUACACAAAGAAGAAACGAGAACAAGGGUGAACGAGAACGAUGGACUCGGAUAUUUCGGUCCAGUUUCGCGAGAACGACGAUUUUAAGGGUGCGUAGCUUGUACGUGUAAAUCUCAAGGGUUAUAGCAAUAUAACAGUGAUAUAUACAUAAUAUAUAAAAAUAUAUACGUAUACAUAUAAUAUAUUUGCGUGUAAAUAAAUGAAAUUAAGGCACUGAGAAGUGAGAUUUUGUUUUCGAGGAAAAGAGAAAUGACUGUCGCGCAUACUGGUUGCGUGUUGCUUCAUAAUAAAGUAAAUACAUGUUUAAUAUCAUCGUUAUUAUGUAAUAAAAUAAUAAUGAAGUAAUUCCUAAUUGCCAAUACUACCAAAUGCUCUGUUAAAUUUGUGUAAAACUAAUAAGACAUUAAUACUUUGACGUCAGCGACACUAUUACUACACGGU